AACCCAGAUGAGUCAAAAUAUAAAGUUACCGGUCGCCACUAGGAAAGACCAUGGAACGGUUAAUAGAGGUUAAAUAGCAAUGAUAUACUCAAAAUUUAUUGGUUCAAACUGACAGUGACGAAUAGCCUGAGUUCAUCCAGCGCUGACUGACAAACAAAAAAUCAACGACCAACCGGCUGUCAAAACAGCUAAUAUAAGAAAGCCUAAAUGGAUAAAUGCGUGACCAAAGGCCGACCAAAGGUGCGUGACAGUAAAAAUACUUUAGAACACAGGGAUCCCAAUGACUCACGUGUCCUUAGUUUGGAAGCGACUGAGUGUGCCGUGCAGCAAGUGUACAAAGUUAGAGCAAAAUUGGUAAAUUCUACUCUAGUUCUAUCUCUUUAGAUCAGUAAAAUACUAAAAAAUGGCUGACUUAUUUGACAACAAGAAUUUCCCACCAUUAAAAAACGACAGAGUCUUGAAAGCAGCUCGAGGUGAAGAUGUCGACCGAGUCCCAGUUUGGGUUAUGAGACAAGCCGGCCGCUAUUUACCAGAAUUCCGCAAAAUAAAGGAGGAUAAUAAUGCUGAUUUCUUUAAAAUGGUCCAGACACCAGAAAUAUGUUGUGAACUGACAUUACAGCCAAUAAACAAGUUUGACCUAGAUGCUGCGAUCAUCUUUUCCGAUAUUCUUGUGAUACCACAG